UGUGUUUGCCCUGCAUGAACGCAGCCAAGUGAGAGAAGCAACACAUCCAGAGAGACCGACCCUGACCUGGAACGCUUCGAGCCGCUCUCCCCGCCCUGCUGAGGCCAUCCGUGUCGCUUCCACCAGGCUCACUUCGGUCUGUUUUGUCUGGAGAGAUCGACAGGAUGGCUGGUGCCGAGAAUAAGCUCCUGCUCGAAGGUGCUCAACAUCUGGUGCUUGUCUGCACCAAAGGCGAGAAAUUCCUCCUUGAGGCUGGCAUGCAACAUCUGGCGGUGCUGGAAAAUGCCAGCGUGGUGAUUGGCAAAGAUGGCUGCAUAAAGGCAGCCGGGGAUGCAAGUGCCAUUCGCAAGCAAUUUUCUGGAGUGUCUUUUGAAAAAAUAAUUGAUUGCUCAGGAAAGUGCAUCUUACCAGGUCUGGUCGAUGCACACACACAUCCCGUAUGGGCUGGUGACAGGGUUCAUGAGUUUGCAAUGAAGUUGGCAGGAGCUUCCUACAUGGACAUUCAUCAAGCAGGAGGAGGAAUCCAUUUCACUGUGGAGCACACUCAGAAAGCCCUAGAAGAUGAGCUCCUCAGAAGUUUCAAACACCGGCUGCUGCGCAUGCUCAGAGCGGGCACCACUGUGGUUGAAUGCAAAAGUGGAUAUGGUUUAAACCUAGAAACAGAAAUUAAGAUGCUCAGAGUGAUUGAGCGGGCUAGGCAGGAGCUGGACAUUGGUAUUUCCUCUACUUACUGCGGAGCCCAUUCUGUUCCUAAGGGCAAAACUGCCAUUGAAGCUGCUGAUGACAUUAUCAAUUUCCACCUUCCUAAACUGAAGGAACUUGACCUUAAUGGUGAAAUACAUAUUGACAAUAUAGAUGUUUUCUGUGAGAAGGGUGUCUUUGAUCUGAAUUCUACAAGAAGAAUUCUUCAGGCUGGGAAAGAGAUAGGGUUACAGAUUAACUUCCAUGGUGAUGAACUGCAUCCGAUGAAAUGUGCUGAGCUUGGAGCUGACAUGGGAGCUAAAGCUGUAAGUCACCUAGAAGAAAUUAGUGAUGAAGGUAUUACUGCAAUGGCCCGGGCAAAGUGCGCAGCUGUCCUUUUACCAACCACUGCCUACAUACUGAGAUUAAAACAGCCACAAGCUAGAAAAAUGUUAAAAGAAGGAGUGAUUGUUGCUCUUGGCAGUGAUUUUAACCCAAAUGCUUAUUGUUGUUCAAUGCUUAUGGUAAUGCACCUGGCCUGUGUAAACAUGAAAAUGUCCAUGAAAGAAGCCUUAGCUGCUGCCACCAUAAAUGCGGCUUAUGCUCUUGGGAAGUCAGACACACAUGGCUCCAUAGAAACUGGCAAACAAGGAGACCUCAUUAUUGUUAACUCACCAAGGGCCAGCUAUGAAAUAAACCUGUACGUGUAUAAAACUUGUCUGUGGCGUUAUCUAUUAAUGAAGGUGAUAGUCUCGAUAGUCUACAUCCUCAUGUUAGAAGAAAUCAAAGAGAUUAUAUUACAGAGAAUCCGUCCAUACAUCAGAAUUUUUCACAACUUACGUUUACUAGUAAGGUUUGUGCUGCAUGAGGCAGGCUACAGUGGCUGGGAUUCUCAGGUCUGCACAACUACAUCCUAAGGAGGUUUUCAGCUUGUGUUUCUUUGAACUGCCACCAACCCACGUAUGGAAAAUCACUUACUGAGAGAACUUCACAAAACAGUGUGUGCUAUGACACUGGAGUUGGUGGUGCUACAAGGGGUGAACUUCAGGGCUGAAACCAAGCACACCCACCCAUGACCAUUCAGAAAGUGCCGGCUGAUGGGGGCUGCAGCAAACAGGUCUGACAUUAGUCUACUGGGGCUCACCACGGCUGGUACUAGUUUUCGCACUGCUUUACUUCUUAUUUUUUUAAAAAACUUUUAUAAUUGGUGUGGUCAGUUAGGCAUAUAUAUGGUGACAGAUGCUCAUUUUAUUAUUUCUGGUUUAAAAAUAGAUGAUCCUUUUCUUCAACAAAAAAGCUUCUGAAGCAUACUCCAUGUUAUUGUUGUAGUCCUGAUGGUGCUAUGGUUUAAGUGAGUUUAAAAUGUGAAACAAACUGCUUGUGCUUGGAAUAUUUCUCUUUUAUCAGGGUUAGCAGACAGAUUCUUCCUCCCCCCGCCCCCACUCUAAUAUAUCAGGAAUAUAGAAGCAAUGGAACAGUGAGGAGAGAAAAGAGAAAUGUUACUUACAUGCUUCACAAAUGAAAUAAUAUACGUGGCCGUCUCUGAGCUCCAUCAGAUGAGCGUUUUAUUGAACACUUGUUACUCAUCACUCAUGGAUUUUCGUGGGUCCCUCUCACAACGUCAUCUGCCUCCCAAGUGCCAAGCGCCCCUUCUAGUUUUCACGCAACAAAAAAAAUACCCCAGUAAGCCCGACUUAUUUUUAAAGACAGAAGUUGCCACUAUCUCCUGCUGUGUGCAGGAGAAGCAGCCCGAUCAAAACUUCCCACUGAAUAGGCCGGUUGCACGUUGUUUACUUCCUUUCAAAAGAGGAAGUAAUGAGUGACAAAUGCAUGGGCAGAGAAGAAUAUAAGAACUAAAAGAACUUUUAGUUCUUUUAACUAAAGAACUUAAGAACUUUUAUAGUUCUUCUAGACAGGAAGAACUAUAAAAGACUUCUUCUUUGAGCUGUGACACUCGUCUUCAGAACCUACACCAAGUGAUAUAAUAUACUAUAUACUGGAAUUGUUCUGGACAAUACUAUUGUUCUGAGGUAAGGACUUAGAAUUAUUUCCAAGGGGGGAUCUACACAGCGUCCUGAAGGCACUUGCGUGCGCCUCCAGUGCGCCCCGAAACUCCUUGUGUAGAUCCUGGCCAGAAGAGGCAGAGGAGGUGGCGGCGGCCCCGCAUCGCCCCUCGCGGGGACGGGGCGAAAAGUUCCCAGGGCUCCUGUCAGAUGCGAGGAGGAACGGCUCCGAGUGAGUGACACCGUUGGUGCCUAGAGUGUCUUUGCCACCGACGCCCACCUCCCCGCCAGCCUCCUGCUGCC